AAAUUAACAGAUUUAGGUUAAUUUUCUGUCAAAGUAAACAAUGUUGUAAUUGUUUAUAUUUAUAUUGAAUUAAAUUGAAUUUUUAACCAAAAUGUGCUCUGUUGUGAAUGUAAGUGAUUGCUGUCGUGCCUGCCUCCGUAUAGACUGUCCACUAACACCAACAAACGCUCAGGAUGAGGAUUGUGUGAAAUUUUGUGAUAAACUAUUAGCUUGCAUAUCGGAAAUUGAUUGGUCUAAAGAAGGCCUCCCAUCCUUCAUUUGUUCAACUUGUAUUGAUAGACUUCGAGUUUCUUACGAUUUCAGAACGGUUUGUUUACAAUCGGAAAACACACUACAAAAAUGUGUUAGUGGUCAUUUGAGAGGGUUCACAACGAUUUCAGAAAGUGGAACUAUUUCCAAGAUGGAAUUUGGAGGAGCAAAUAUCAUAGAAAAUAUUGUCAUAACGACACAGGAUUCUCCAAAUGCUGAAUAUUUGCAUCUCAAACAUUUUUUAGAUAAUGAAGACGAACUUAAAAAUGAUGUAAAUAUCUCAAGGGGUGCAUCCCCAGCAUUAAUUAGUCAAGAUUCUCAUCUUCAAGAACUAACUAAUAAAUUGUCACAAAAAACUCUCCAUGACCUAGAAGAAAGACAUUUGCAGAACUAUGAUGGUGAAAACCAGCAUUUUGAUUUAUCUACUUUUGGAAAUUCUCAAACUUCCCAAGUGAAUAAUGUAAUAGAACCAAAUUCAAACCAAGUAAAUCAUUCUUCAGCAGUUCAGCAGGAACAACAUCAUGUAAAAUUGAAUAAUGGCGUGCAAAAUAUUUCCAUAGUUCCUAAGGCUGUUAUCAAAAAAACAACAGGUAUUCAAGUUCGUCCACUGUCACCUUCAGCCCAAAACAAAGAAGCAAAGAUAUUCUCUUGCGAAUUAUGUGAUAAAAGUUACAGGAAAAAUGCAAAUUUGAGAAUUCAUAUGAGAACACACACAGGUGAAAAACCAUUUGAAUGUAAAUACUGUGACAAGAGAUUCUAUCAUUCAUCCCAUCUGAGAGAACAUAUUAGAAGACACACUGGAGAGAAACCGUUUCAAUGUGCAGUUUGUAAUAAGAGGUUCACCAUCAAAGGUGAAUUGACUAUGCACAUGAAAUCUCAUACAGGGGAGAAGCCAUAUGCCUGUCCUUGUUGUGAUAGAAGGUGUUUAACAGCAGCUGACUUGAAGGUUCACAUGAGAACUCAUACAGGAGAGAAACCUUUCUCCUGCACCACUUGUGGCAAAAAAUUUGCUAGCACUUACAUACUUAAAUCACACAUAAAAACACACACAGGCGAACGACCUUAUACUUGCACAAUUUGCCUCAAAACAUUCACUCAAUCUUCACAUUUGAAUGUACACAUGAGAAAACAUACUGGGGAGAAGGUUGCUUGUAAAAUAUGUACUGCAGAAUUUACUCACUCAUCACAGCUGACGGUGCAUAUGAGGAAACAUACUGGGAAGCAACCGUAUAAAUGUACCCUUUGUGAUAAAAUAUGUAAUUAUGCAGCAGAGUUACAGAAUCACAUGAUGAAACACACUGGCGAGAAGUUUCAGUGUGUAACAUGUGAUAAAAGAUUCACUACAGCAGCUUAUUUGAAUGAACAUAUAAGGACACAUACAGGUGAAAAUCUAUCAACCUGCACCAUUUGUAAACGUCAAUUCACUCGGCAGCAAUACCUAGAAAAACAUAUGAGAACACACACGGGGGAAAAGCCAUUCACUUGUAUGCAGUGUGGGAAAAAGUUCUCUCAAUCGUCUUCGCUCAAAGUUCAUAUAAGAAUUCACACUGGAGAGAAACCAUAUUCCUGCACCCUUUGUGAUCGGAAGUUUACUACAUCAUCGGAUCUUACUGCUCAUACCAAGAAGCACAAGAAAUACAUUGAUCUGUAAUAAUUUUGCUGUAUAGCACCUAAACCAAGCCGUUAUUGACCUUGUGCAAACCUUUACGACGUAGUGUUUUCAGGACAUUUAUCAACUUAGUGGCAUCAUUUGUGUAAAUUGUGCCAUUUGGGACAGGCGACAGGAAUAAAUAAACCCCACUUAUCGCAGAUUUGAAUUAAGCUUUCAUCAAUACAAAAUAUAACAGAAGAUUCCUUAUUUGCUUCCAGUAACAUGCUACAGAUUAAGCUGAUACUGCAUUGUGAAUAUAUUAAAAAAUGUAUACAUAUAUAUUUAUUAUUUUGAGAUCUUUCUUUACUUCUAAAAUGAGGAUUAUGUUGACGUGGUCGAUACUUGAUGAGAAUCCUUAAUUGAACUACAAAUUAAAUUGCAUAAUUUCCACUAUGAUAGAGUCGUUCAACCACUACGCCUGUUCGGCUUUCACAAUAGCAUCUUCAGAGUGGUAAAAUAACUUAUCUUAGUAAAAAUCAAUGUAAUUCAGUUUCUAGUUUUUUAUUAUAAGAUAUAAGAGAUCUGUUUUAACCUUGAAAUUGUGAUAUUCAUUUGAAAUACUUAUUAAUUUAUAUUUACAAAAAAAUGAUACGAAAUCAAAGAUAUAGAAGACAGAGCUUUAUUCCAUACACUUUAUUUCAAAAGGUUAUAAUUAGGUGAAAUGUAUAUUGUUUUUCUUUGUACAGAGCUGAAAAAAUGAUGAAUAAAACCAAACCUGAGUAGAGUCCUAA